CAAGUAUUCUAGCCUUGUCUUGGGGGUCAUGUGCCUGAGUGAAAAGUGAAGAAAGUCUCUCAUAGAAUAGUUAUACCAACUACUUACAGGUAGUAACCAACUCAAUCCACUGUAACAUUGAACAACCCUUAAACAAAUUUAAAAUUUCAGUGACCCCGCAAUGGCAUUUCACUCGCACGACGGCGGCUUGACAAGCCAUGCCUCCCACUCCCACGAAUUCUCAGCCGCCGAGCAUGGCCACUCGCACGAGAUCCUCGACGGACCCGGGAGCUUCCUGGGGCGUGAGAUGCCCAUCGUAGAAGGCCGCAAUUGGAACGAGCGCGCCUUCACCAUCGGUAUAGGAGGCCCCGUCGGCUCCGGCAAAACCGCCCUAAUGCUCUCCCUCUGCCUCGCCCUCCGAGAGCACUACUCCCUCGCAGCCGUAACCAACGACAUCUUCACGCGCGAAGACGCCGAAUUCCUAACACGUCACCGAGCCCUCCCCGCCUCGCGGAUCCGGGCCAUCGAAACAGGCGGGUGCCCACACGCCGCCGUGCGGGAAGACGUAUCCGCGAACCUCGCGGCGCUCGAAGACCUGCACGUAGCCUUCUCGACCGACCUGCUCCUCAUCGAAUCCGGAGGCGACAACUUGGCUGCAAACUACAGCCGAGAACUCGCGGACUUCAUAAUCUACGUGAUUGACGUGAGCGGCGGGGACAAGAUACCGCGGAAGGGGGGCCCGGGGAUAACGCAGAGUGAUCUGCUGGUGGUGAAUAAGACGGAUUUAGCGGAAGCCGUGGGGGCGGAUUUAGGUGUUAUGGAGCGGGAUGCGAGGAAGAUGCGGGAGGGGGGACCGACGGUGUUCGCGCAGGUGAAGAAGGGGGUUGGGGUUGAUCAUAUUGUGAAUUUGAUUGUGAGUGCGUGGAAGGCGAGUGGUGCUGAGGAGGUGUGUAAGGCGAGAGGGGGGCCGAAGCCUACGGCUGGGCUAGAGGCGUUGGCGUGAUGGGUUACGGUUAUAGGUGACUCGUGAGAGGCGAACUUAUAAAAUAUUAUGAUACCAAGAAAUCAAAUCUUCACUUAGAGAAACAUGUUGCUAAACGGUGGUAGGAUCAAAACCAUUAUCAUUU